AUGACAUCGCUUUUAUUCAGCUCUCCACGCCUUCCCUUCUCAGAUGCCCAGAAGAAAGCGUGUCAACUGUUCAUUGAAGAUCUUGUUGGUCGACCAACCGAGAAGGUUACUGCCCGGUCAGGGAAUAUAUUCUACAUUAAUAAUAUUGCGAACACAAUUGCAAAGGGUGUUGCAUUCAUAUCAUUCCAAGACUAUGCAAACCCACUUACAUGUUUCGCAAUGCAAGAUUAUCCUGAGGAUUGUGGGAAAGGGAUGUCGCAAGUUUUCAACAGCACAAAGAUGUUGCUCGACCUUCCAUCUCCUCCUGCAGCACGAGUGGAUGGGAUGAUAUAUUUUGUCAAUGAGCUAUUACAGGAGUCUUCAGGAGCCUACUUCAUCCCAGAACAGUUUUUCCUUGGCUCUCCGGUUGUUGAGGGAUUUAUUAUCAAUGAUGAACAAGAAAUUAUCCCGACUUCAACAUUUGCACGGUCAUAUGAAGAUAUUUCAUCAACGAAUGAGCUCGACUGUGGACUCACUGGUACGUUAGAUCUAGGUCGUCUUAUUUGA